GAGCUCUUUCUGGCAGUGCUCUCCCCGCAUUUCACUUUCGAACGAGCAUCGCGUCUACUGUCAGUCGUUAAAAGGCAUAGGCGCGGUAGCGGCAUGAUUUUGUACUCUUCCUCUUUUCCCAUUGGCGUCAUCCGCAUCUCGCGUUUCCAGCGUUCGCCUUCUCUUGUAACGACCGAAUAAGUGAAAGCCAGCUAAGCGCCACUGAAAGCGCGUCGACUGCCCCGAAGCAGCUGAGUCGGUCUAACGCGUUUACUCUUUAUCGCGUACAUUGCAGCCGAUCAAGCCUCCAGAUGGUGUACCACUCGUCGUACUCGCAUCUAGAGGAAGUGGAGUUCGCAUGCGGCUGCCCCUUGCUGCCGCUUAAAGCCACUGCUAGAGGGCCCACGCAUAACGCCUCCACUGAGGAGACGGACAUUGUGGACGAGGCCAUAACUCUCUUCCGCGCCAACGUACUGUUCCGCCGCUUCGACAUAAGGGGCCCCGCGGACAAGCUGCUGGUAUACCUGACGCUCUACAUCAACAUGGCUCUCAAGCGCAUCGACUCCUGCCCCUCCGAGGCCGAGGGCAUUCGCCUCCUCAUCAACCUCGGGCUGGAGCCCUUCCCCAUCCCGGGAGACCCCGGGUUCCCGCUGGCGGGUUUGUUCGCCACGCCCACCAGCCGCCUGGAAGCAGAGACGCUGCGGACGUACUUGCAGAGUGUGAGGGAGGAAACGAGUAACCGGCUGCUGCAGGUGGUGUACUUGCCUGAUGGCUCGCCCAACAAGUGGUGGCUGUCCUUCAGCAAGCGCAAGUUCAUGAAUGUCGCCAUGCCCUUGUGACCAUCAAGGGCGGGCUCAUGCACGCACAAUGGUGUCUGGUUGUACAAAGAGGGGGUUGAACGUCCUCUAGCUCCUGGAACGGCUUUCUCUCCUGUACACGUUAUCAGAAUAACGAAUUGACUAGACAAGAGCAUACAGGGUAUGCUUGGGUGUUGUUGUUCAAAUUAUAUAAGUUAUAAUUUAAUAUAGGCUUGGUAGGUUGUUACUGAACCUUUCUGUAGGGGGUACAAACCCCUCCUUGUACUCCCCUCUCUUCUAAUCCAA